GUUGUAGUUAUCGGUGGGGCCAAGGAAAUCGACUGGUUUGCUCCAACCGGGGAGAAAAUUGAGCCGGGCAGACUGGAUGUCAGCGUGAUUCGCAAUGACGAGACGUCCUCCACUCUCACCAUCUAUAACGCCAAGGUUGACAACGCUGGCACAUACAAAUGUGUGGCCAGCAGUGGUGAUCGGGAAGCCGAAGCCACUGUCAAUCUGAAGAUAUACCAAAAAAUUACCUUCACAAAUGUCCCAUCACCUCAAGAGUUCACUGAAGGGGACAAUGCCAUUAUAGUGUGUGACGUCAUGAGCUCACCUCCACCCACCGUCCUCUGGAAAUACAAAGGUGCAAAGAUCCAGUUCGAAAAAGAUGUCCGUUUCAGGACUUUGAGUAACAACCAUCUCCAAAUCCGAGGGAUCAGGAAGACCGACGAGGGUGUCUACACUUGUGAGGGCCGCAUUAAAGCCCGAGGAGAGGUUGACUUCCGCAGCAUUAAAGUGGUUGUUAACGUCCUGCCCACUAUACGAAUCCGUCAAGCGGAAACGAAUGGCACCGCUGACAUGGGCUUCUCAACCCUGCUGGCCUGUGAUGCUGACGGAUUUCCUGAGCCGAUGGUGACCUGGGCACGGAACAACGUUCCACUGGAGAGCGGCGAAAAAUACAACUUCAAUGAAGACGGCUCUGAGAUGACAAUACUAGAAGUGACAAAGCUGGAUGAUGGAGAUUACACAUGCAUUGCUAAGAACAAAGCUGGGGAGAGCGAACAAGAACUUAGUCUUAAAGUCUUUGUGAAACCCAAAAUCACAUAUCUGGAAAGCCAGACUACAACAGAAAUGGAUGAACAGGUCACAUUAACAUGCGAGGCCACCGGAGACCCCACACCCACCAUCACGUGGAGCUUCGGCACCCGGGUCUUCACCGAGGGAGAGCAGGAGCACCAAAAAAGGAUUUAUCAGGCCUCUUGGACUCGACCCGAACAGCACAAGAUCAAAUCUCUGAAUUACAAUGACAGCUUUGUUUCAUCUGAGAGUGGAAUGAUGCCUCUUGGACUCGACCCGAACAGCACAAGCGGGCCGGGAGCUAUUCACACGCAGUCUGUGAGGGAACGCAGGCCCAAUCGCGUACGUCAUGUGAGCAUCGUGCCUGAAGCCUCCCCCCAGCAUGCUAUUCAGGGACGCUGCUCGGAGGAGGGGCCUUUUGAAGCCAGUGAAGCAAUAAAGGCAUCAGCGGUAAUGAGAGGGGAGGCUUCGUUCUCCCUUAGCGGAUAUGCCCCGAAAAUCCUGGGCUCAGUAACGGUGUACACGUGGGAGGGCAACCCAGCCAACAUCAGCUGUGAAGUGCUGGCUCACCCCAGCAAUGUGUCCAUUACGUGGCUGCGAGACGGCGUCCAGCUGCCUAACGCUAACAUCUCCAAUAUCAAGAUCUAUAACACGCCUUCCGCCAGCUACCUGGAGAUGAAGGGUCAGAGCUACCGGCAGGUUUGUUUGUUUUCAUUUGUAUAUGCUUUACCUUUCAUCACAGAUGCCCCGAAAAUCCUGGGCUCAGUAACGGUGUACACGUGGGAGGGCAACCCAGCCAACAUCAGCUGUGAAGUGCUGGCUCACCCCAGCAAUGUGUCCAUUACGUGGCUGCGAGACGGCGUCCAGCUGCCUAACGCUAACAUCUCCAAUAUCAAGAUCUAUAACACGCCUUCCGCCAGCUACCUGGAGGUCAAUCCAGAGUCUCAGAGCGACUUUGGCAACUACAACUGCACUGCCUCCAAUGAGAUCGGGACCGAAUCCAAAGAGUUCAUCGUGAUCCCAGCUGAUGUGCCCUCGGCGCCGUCCAUCACUCAAGUGCAGCCGUACUCCAGCACGGCUCAGGUGCUUUUCGAGGAGCCCGAGUCCACUGGAGGAGUUCCUGUGCUCAAGUACCGAGCCGAGUGGAGAGCCAUGGGCCGAGGGAAAUGGGUGCAGCGAGUCUAUGAGGUGCAAGACGGUGAGUCUUAUGGUUUUUUUUCUUCAUUUUUUUUUAAUUUUCCACUGGAUCCCUUAGGGUAUUCUUACACAAAUGGGAUUUUUCAUUUUCACACUGAGGACACAGAAGGAGAACCAAGUCCCCCUAUACUAGAGGGCACUCUACAACCCAAAGGCAAUUCUCUCAAAGUUAAAUGGACCAAACAAGAUGAUGGAGGGUCACCAAUCACACAUUAUUUGGUCAAAUACAAAGCUAGGGAAGACUCUGACUGGAAGCCCGAGAUCCGUCUGCCUAAUGUGAGCGAGUAUGUAAUGCUGAUUGGGCUGGAGUGGGACACCGAGUAUGACGUGUUCGUGGUGGUAGAGAACCAGCAGGGCAAGUCCAAGCCUGGCACUCUGACCUUCAGAACCUCAUCGGUGCCUGCAGCUACCACAGACUCCAUGGAAGAUGGGACGGGCCUGAACACUGGAGUAAUUGUUGGUAUUCUUAUACUGGUGUGUGUGCUGCUCUUGCUGAUCGUGGACGCCACCUGCUGCUUCCUCAACAAGUGUGGCAUCCUCAUGUGCAUCUGCGGUAAACCCAGGCAAGGCACCAAGGGCAAAGACAUAGAGACAGGCAAAGCUGCCUUUGUUCAAGAUGUGUCUAAAGAGCCCAUUGUAGAAGUGAGGACAGAAGAAGAGGCCACGGCCAAUCAUGAUGCAGAAGGCCAUCCUGAGCCCAAUGAGACCACGCCGCUGACUGAACCAGAGCAAGUGAAGGAAACUGCCGCUGCGGUGGUGGACUUGCCUCUUUCCGUGCCCACUAACUCAGACACAGUCACUGACACCACUGACUUUAGCCAGAGCAGCCCAGUUAGCGAGAGCACCACUCUCACCUCCAGCAUCACAGCGCCUACCUAUGACUCUCCUAACCCCAUCCACACGACACCACCCAACAGCAGCACGCCCAAAUCUCACACCAAACCCUCCAGCUCAUCUCCCCCGUCUUCCGACCCGGCUAAUGUUACUCUCCUGGUAGACCUGGGUGAUUCCCCAGAACCACAAACUGAGGUUCCUCCAGUGGUCCCUUCAGAAGAACCAGUCCCAGUGAAAAUUCUGGAUGAUGAGAAGAGUACGACUGAAAACGCAGACCUGACGAAAGUUGUGCCGGGAACUGGAGCAGAACCCAACGCCCUCACGCAAACAAACGCCACUGAAAGUAAAGCAUGAGAGGACAAGUGAAGGAGUAAAGGCGUCGUGGUGACCAGGAACGUGUUUGUUUAACAGUGCCCUUAAUGAAUUUUCUGAACAAAACGGUGUAUCUACAGACAGAAGUUUCACUUACGAUGUACUGUAUGUAUGCAUUUUCCUUUUAUUUUUGUUGAUUUAAGUACAUUUCCAGAAGUUUCUGUAUCAGAGUUAAACGGUUAUCAAAUUCAUAUAAUUCAAAGAUAUUCUUAUAGAGGUUCUUGUGUUUCUUUGUACAUUUUUUUUUUCUGUCAGACAAAUAAUUAUUAUAGCAGGGCAUCAAGUUAUUCAGGAGAAUGGUUGAUUCAGUAAUACACAAACAAUUUAUUUACAAAGUACAUUGUUAAAAUGUAAAUGAUUUCUCCUAUUUUUUUAUCAUGAGUGUUUGAGGGCUAGGUUCGAUUUGUUGUUAGCUUUGUAUUUUAUUAUAUUUUAUCAUUAUAUUUUAUUUACACUUAACUGUUUUGCCUGUUGAAUGAUAACUCAUAAUGGAAGUUAUGUAAAGACAAAAAAAAAUAUCGUAAGAUAUUUUAACAUAACGUUAUAUGACUGAAAGUCUGAUAAAGAUUUCAAAUUAACCAUUUGAUUUGCUGCCGAAGUCUUUAUUAGAUCAGUUUUUACAAUCAUCGUGUGUUUCUAAUAUUUGGGAUUUAUACAUUAAAUCAUUCUUCCAACAUGCUCCUAAAGUAUCAACUUGAACUAAAAUAUCUGCUCAUUUUUAUACCUUGUACCUCUGGAGAAAUGUUUCACACUGUCACCUGCAAGCUUGUGCACUGUGAUUGUGUUAUCAAGAUCUUUGUCUUUUUUUUCUUCUUCACAAAGCUUUGUGGCAACUGCUGAUUGUCCUUUUAUAACAUGACGGAUGUUAACAGUCCUGUAUGAAAGUGGACUGAUAGGACACGUGACUCUGAGAAGAGUUCUUAUAGCAUCACUCAUUGCAUGACUGUCUGAUGUUAAACAAGACUGGCCUGAGCUGUACGAGCUCAGUUUAUGGCAGUCUGUUGGAGAAAUAGUGAAGGUUGUGGUUUGUGGAUGUUUUCAUGAUUUCGAUGCUUAUAAUGUUUUGGACAGAAUGGAAGAUCAUUUUGUUUGCCCAUUGUACACAAGUUGUUCAGUUGUUCACUGCCAGUUUGCCCCAAAACUGUAAAUCGUUUCAAGUAUAAAAGGAUUUGACCCAUGAAAUAGCAGUAUAAUGGGUGAGCUUUAAAAGUACAUGUAAAUUGUGUUGUUCUAACACAUUUGAAUUA